GUCCUUCCACAGCUCACGGCCUCCCUGUCUGUCUGUCUGACCGCCGUUCACACGAUCAAAUCGUCCAGCAAGGGGGGGUCGUGUGGAGACAUUUUGCGAUUGCCAUCAUCACCAGAGCCAUCAUCACCAUCCCCCUUCAAAACAACCUCCACCGCCAUCUCUACCACUAGCACCACCAGCUCCACCGCAGAAGUGGUGGUGGGACUCCCACCAUCACCCACUCUGACCCAUCUGCGCACUUAAGGCCACGCCGGCAUGUUUGCGACCGCCAGGAGCGUGGACAUGCGGGGGGGCGGCCACAGCCGCCGCCUCAGCCGUCAAAUGAGCGUCACCCCUGUGGAAAACCCCCAGAUGGCCAAGCCCAGCGGCGGUGGCGGACCCCCGGGGGCGCGGGACAGCGUCAGCGGUACGGCGAUACGGCGAAGCAGCAGCGUCAGCAGCGCCGGCGGUGCCGGCGGCAACCGAAUGCUGUCGCUGUCGUCCAUGAGCGAGAGCGUGCGCAGCGGGCUGAGCUGCUUCCUGUCGGAGCAGGCCCUGGAGCAGGAGGAGCGGCAGCAGCGCAGCAGCCAGUUGGCCGAGCUCCAGCGGCUGAGGGAGGUGCGCGCUGCCGCGCAGCUCAAGAACCUGGAGGACUUCCUCAAGAUGAACCACGUGUCUUUGCGCGAGUGUGUGUCCUACACCACCACCAUGAGGUACAGAAAUCUUGGGAAAUCUGGAUUACGGGUCUCCUGUCUUGGAUUAGGGACGUGGGUGACGUUUGGGGGCCAGAUAUCAGAUGAGAUGGCGGAGGAGCUGCUGACGCUGGCCUAUGACAACGGCAUCAACCUGUUCGACACCGCAGAGGUUUACGCUGCCGGGAAGGCUGAGCUUGUCUUGGGAAGGAUUAUCAAAAAGAAGGGAUGGAGGCGCUCCAGUUUAGUCAUCACAACCAAGAUUUUCUGGGGAGGAAAGGCGGAAACAGAAAGAGGCUUGUCUAGGAAACACAUCAUUGAAGGUCUGAGGGCGUCCCUAGAAAGACUUCAGCUGGAGUAUGUGGACGUGGUCUUUGCCAACCGGCCGGAUCCCAACACACCAAUGGAAGAGACGGUGAGGGCCAUGACCCAUGUGAUCAACCAGGGGAUGGCGAUGUACUGGGGCACGUCGCGCUGGAGCGCAAUGGAGAUCAUGGAGGCGUACUCUGUGGCGCGGCAGUUCAACCUGAUCCCGCCCAUCUGUGAGCAGGCUGAGUACCACAUGUUCCAGAGGGAGAAGGUGGAGGUGCAGCUGCCAGAGCUCUAUCACAAGAUAGGGGUGGGAGCCAUGACGUGGUCUCCCCUGGCAUGUGGAAUCAUCUCUGGGAAGUACACCAGCGGCGUGCCCGCCUUCUCCCGGGCAUCCCUCAAGGGUUACCAGUGGAUGAAGGACAAGAUUCUGAGUGAAGAGGGCCGUCGCCAGCAGGCCAAGCUGAAGGAACUGCUGGCCAUCGCAGAGCGCCUGGGAUGUACCCUCCCACAGCUCGCUAUCGCCUGGUGCCUGAGGAACGAUGGGGUCAGUUCUGUCCUUCUGGGGGCCUCCAGUGCUGACCAACUUCUGGAGAACAUUGGAGCCAUACAGAUUCUUCCGAAGCUCACCUCGUCCAUCGUGCACGAUGUGGAUGGUAUUCUGGGGAACAAGCCCUACAGUAAAAAGGACUACAGGUCCUAGACCGGACCGAGCCGAGCGACGCCACCCCCCCCCCCCCCCCCCCCCCCGGGGAGCCAACGCACCGGGAGAACCAACAGCGGGAAGGAGAACAGGGUCAUAACGAUGUAGGACCACCAAACAGGAGAACCGUCAGCUCAGCAUCCAAUAUAGGCAUAACAUGUUAUCAUCGAGACACACACGCUACGCAACGUGUGUAUUUCUGCUUCUGUGCUUCUUUUGAUUUUUUCACAUUUAACACAAGAGCUCUAGUCUAGAGUAUGCGUUGGGCAUUUCCAGUUACAGCCAGAUCCCCUGGCAUAGAAAGGAAGAAAGAGUUGAAUAAUCAGGGAAAGCUGUGAAACACGUUCCCUGCAUUGUUUUCCUCCGAUUAACAAUUCCUGAAGCACUUCAGAAAUAACCACUUUCUUUCACAUGGAAGGUUAGUGGUGCUCAGUAAGAAGCCAAUAUACAGGCAGCCAAUAUACAUCCAAGUAUAAACCCCUCUUUGCUAAAUGUUUUAUUGUGCAAAUAACCCCAACAUACAGGCCUACCAUCCUUAUUCUAGGUAUUGUACUUCCAAAACCAGGCUGUGGUGCUUUUGAGCUUCACAUCAGGGCUGUUCCGUUUAACAAUGCCAGCAGCAGCGACGCACACUUCCUGUUACUGUAUUUAUACUUGCUUUACGCUAGUCAUAAGAUCAAACCUUGGCCUUUCUAGUUGCAAUAUCUGCCGGCCCCUGUAUAUUUACGGCGGUACAUCUGCUGAACACCUUCAUUCCCCCUCUUCCUCUCUCCCAGCCCGCCACGGCCGGGCUAAAAGCCGUCACAGGCCACUUUACAAAGACGGUAGCCUCUGCUUCGCUAGCUCUUGUCGCUUCGAAUAACAGCUAUGGGGGAGGCUAAGUGCUUUUUUAACUUUUAUAUCCUUUUCUUUGUGAGACCGUUUCAACAAAGCGGAGCACUAGCGAACUGUUACUACGUGUUACGGACAGGCUCAGUGAACGGGGUAGUAGACCAGUCUGAAGUAGACCAGCCCUUAAGGCUUACACAUUGGCAUGAGUAACAAAAAAUAUAUAGACCAGGACUUGGAACCCGCUUCUUCUUACUAAGUGUUGAUCUAUCCCUGUCACUUAAGAUAAGAUAGUAUAUUGAUCCCAGUACGGGGAAAUCUGGCACCCCCUAACAAAAGGAUUUUGAAGUCCACCUUUUUGUCUUUUCAUUAAAAAUAAGUCAAUUAUUCAAUAUUCAAUCAUUUAAGCAUGCAUAGCAAAUGCUGUCUCAACAGUGGGCUAUUAGUACUGUCUCAGAAUGUGUGUAGGGUGUGUACAUGUGUUUAACCUUCAUUUCAUAUGGUGACAUGAGGUCAUACAAAUGCCAAUGAAAGCACAAUUAAUCCCUUAAUAGUCCACCACAAAUACACGCCUGCUGACAUGCGCAUGGAAUAACACACUCUGUUGAGUUUUCUGUAUGGAGGAACUGCCAAGAGAUGAUUCACAAGACCUUCUCGAACUGUUGUGAGCGAUAGAAGCAGUGAGGAUCACGUAAUGAUAGAGAUGAUGAUGUUGUGGCAGGACAGAUCAGUAUUUUCGUCCAUUGGAAAUGUGAAAAAAAUACAGUGUGGAUCAUCUUCUCUUGACACGAUGGUUACCUGCAUUCUAGAAGAAAAAAAAAGAUUAAAUACAGGUCGUUAACGGGAGACGGAGAAUUGCAUCUUUAGAUAUUUCCUUUGGAUUUGUUGCCCUCUGCUGGUUGACCGCUGUAUGAACCAUAUUUGUCAUGGUGCGCUUGACUUAUUUUGUGUCUUAUUCAGAUUUCUUUGGGGGGGUAAACUGAUCAUUAUUUAUUUUAUUCAACAGAAAAUAUGCAGGACUAAUUUCACUAAUUAUCGUUGAACAUCACUUCAAAAGUGAAAAUAGUAACAACAUUUUUCUCAACUUAGAACAUAUAGAGAUGUUAUACAGGAUGUAUGGAACAUAAGUUAUUCAUUCCAUUAUUCAUACAAAACCAAUGAGGACCUCCUGGAGGCCACCUGUUGUGCUGUACCUCUUGGUGUUCCGGGACUAACAACUGGGAAGGGACGCUUUCAACACAUGGAAAAAAAAAAUUAUGUUCGUUUCUGUAUUUUUCUUCGUCCUUAUCACAAAAAAAUCCCGAAAAAUAACAAUUAAUCCCAAGUGCAGCAACAGCAGGACUACUGGAGCACCGUUUAGAUCUUGACAAUGUAGCACUGGUAUCAACGACUUUAAUUUCAAUUUCUAUGAUUAUGUUUUUAAAUGGCUUGAUUGACCAACACAUGAGUAUAUACAUCAUGGUUAUGCAGCAAAACAAUUAAUGAAGCACUUUCUACAUUCAGAGCUGAUACAAGAUAGUCAUAAGCUUAUGAUCUUCUCCUACACAGGGUGGCUCUCUGAUGAUAGGCAGCCAACGCCCCUUAUUCACUAAUAGCGCCUAUCUUACGCAUUAAGUUCCCCACCGAGCUUACGUCUAGAACCAAGAUGGCUACAAGGUAGUCAUGGGAUGACUAAAUACACACAAGCCACUGCUGUUCACUGCUCUAAACACAUAGGCUAUGCAUCAAGAGUCUGUAUGAUAAAAUGUUGUACAUUUUGAUUUCAUAAUUUUAAAUAUGUAUUUUACAGAUCUUUAUGGGCCAUUUACAUCUAUGUUCUCUCGCGCCCUUCCUCUAUAAAUAUAUUACUUAUAUUUUCCUUAUGUUUUUUAUGCAUUAAUUUUUUCUUUAUUUGCAAUUGAUUCAGUUAUGAAUUGUUGACUUUAUUGUCGUGUACAGAUUGUACAAGGAAAUGUUAAAAUAAAAAAUGAAAAUAAAGAUUGUCUCACUGUCUACAUUUUCUGUGGUU